AUGAUUUCCCCCAGAGAGACCCGAGAACACACCAUUGGCUCCACCCCGCAGGGAGUAUUAACAGUGGACGGCAAAGAGUACCCAAUGGCGGAGGCGUUGGUCGCCACGGAGAGUGUCAUCCAGCGGAAUAUCAAACGCGUCGCCAAACAACUCGCCAAUGAUUACAUGCACUUAACUCACGUGGACACACACAGGAAAACAACAGAAGUGGCCCCCAUCAGUCAUGAAAACCCACUUAUCAUUAUAUCUGUAUUGAAAGGCAGUUACAUCUUCACAGCAGAUAUGGUCCGUUAUCUUGGGGAUUAUAAUCUUCCACAUGUGGUGGACUUUAUUCGGCUCGCCUCUUAUAAAGGCACUCGCUCAACAGGUGAAAUUCAACUUCUCUCCACCCCACGAUUUGAAAACUUACGGGGGAAACAUGUUCUUAUUCUGGAGGAUAUUGCCGAUAGUGGAUAUACAUUAAAGUAUUUAAAAGAGAAAUUGCAGAGGGAACAUCAACCAGCAAGUUUAAAGAUUUGUGUGUUGGCUGAUAAACCCGGCGGUAGACGAGUGCCAUUGGAGCCGGAUUAUAUUUGUUUGACAGUUCCGAAUAAGUACGUGAUUGGAUAUGGAUUUGAGGUGAAUGAUCGUUAUCGGAACUUUAGGCACAUCUUCACACUGAAGGCAUCAGAGGCCAAACGAUAUCCCUCGCGUCUGUAA